AUGGUAGAAUUCGAUUAUAAGAUGAAGAAUUUGGCAGCACUGGAUGGCAUCGGAGUAAUUGAAAGAGUAGAAAGCAAAGCGAUAGAAGACUCCCUGAAUGAGGUUCAGGCACUCCACACGGCCCUCUGUUUCCUCUGUUCUGUCAAUGCGGGAGUCGCCGAAGUUGAAACUUUCUUGACCAAUCAUCCCGAGGCCCUUUUGCUGGACGGGACCGGCUAUUUGGAAGACGAAAGCGCCCGCAUCAUUGUGGAAGAACAAAUGAGUCGUUGCGAAUGCUACGACGCCGCAUGCAACCAAAAUAGACGUUACGUUAUCUCAGUCCUUGAUAAAGGGUUUGAGCAUUAUCAGGAUCGACACUUUCGCCAAGAAUCCACAAGCUGUCAGCAAAGCUGGGGCAUAUACGCAGGAAAACUUUUGAAACUGGAGCACAACAUCCGAAACCGUCGUGUGCAGGAGCUCACAAUGCGACACCAUGUUUUACAAGCCGCUAUUGAGGUACAUAGCUUUCAGGACCAAUUGGAACAAAUACUGUCGAAAUCAACAACAGGCCUAGCGUUGUUUAAAUGCCAUUGGAAUCAGGACACCUUUGCACGGCGAUCUGUUUUAGAGUACCAGCAUGGCGUGGCGCUGGUGAACUUGAGCACCAUUGAGCGGGAGCACAAAGGUUUGCUGCGAAAAAUUCGGGAAGUUCGUCGCACUCAAUUUGUCUUGCUGAAGCGCGUAUUCGACGGUGUACAACGGCGCGUGUGUCUUUCUACUCGAACGCAAUCGCCAGUACCGCCAAUCUUGUAG